AUGACAAUCGGCGUGGCUAUUGUAGUGGAGGAAGAUGGACGGACGACCGAGGUGUCGUGUGUCGAGGGUGCUCCCCUCGAAACCGCGCGCAGCAUCGCCAAGAGGAUCGAUAACCGAGACGAUGGAAAGAAGUCGUACGAGGACAACGGAUAUAUCUUCAACGUCUUGACGGCCGACGCGGUGGUGUACCUGUGCGCGGGCAAGUCGGGCGAGUUGAAGGGCAGAGUGGCCUUUGACUUCCUCGCGGUGCUCAAGACUGAGUACGAGCGCGGCGGCUACGAGGACAAGCAGAACAUCAGCAGCUUCGAGCGCUUCACGUCGGCCGAGAUCAAGCGCUACUCAGACCCAGCGCAGGUGGACAAGAUCACCAAGAUCCAGGGCAAGGUGGAGGACGUGAAGAAGGUGGCGCUGGACAACCUCGACAGGCUCCUGGUGCGAGAAGGUAAGAUCGAGGAGAUGGUCGAGUCGACCGACAAGCUCAAAGAGCAGGGCUCCCUCUUCUCCCGCGUCGCCGCCAAGCAGAAGUGCCUCGAGAGGAAGCGGAACCUGUUUUGGACCGUCGUCCUUGCCCUCUGCUGCAUCAUUUUGCUCGCCCUGAUCAUUGGCAUCAUCGUGCUGAUCGUCUACACCAGCUGA